GUUGCAUGUGUGUGGGUGGGUGCGCUCGAUGACUGUGCCGGUACUGUGCAGCUGAGCAAUAUCAUACUUGACAUUGCUGUGGGGUUCCUGUGAUGAUGCUGGCAUCGUGAUCUUUACCGUGCUCCCGCAUACCGCAUUGCGCGCGUUGUGAUGUGGUACCUACGCCUGCCGAGAGAGAGAUUCUUAAAGCCAAAGGCGCGCGGGGUUAGUGCGGGUGUUUCCUCUAGCGGUGUUGAGUAUCGCGGGCGCGGGCUGCGGGACUGCGGAGGGGAAGCGGUAGAUGGGAAUGAUGAGCCUUACUGCGGAGGCGGCCGUACGGUAUAUGGAGCAUGGAGAGAGGGUAAGGAGUGAGGCGCCGGGGCUGUGGGGGGUUAUGUGCCUUUUGUGGGGCACGGAACAAGGACCUCUGUACGGCUAGCGCGCGGGGUGCCUCAACGCGGUUCCGUGCUCAGCGGUUCUAUUCGAGAUGAAUUACUACGAUUAACACUUAAAUUUCAUCAUAACUUUUAGUGACUGCCUUGUGUAGUAUGUAACAUUAACAGUCAGCUGUCAAUCUUCUCCGGCCGACAUGGCAGUUGAGCUUUCAGGCCAAGUGACUUUUCGCAGACCGCUCAGCAAACGUUUGGUCUUCUUCGACUUGGCGUGCUAUCACGGUGCUGAGGGACAACGGAGCUGGAUUGAGUUGUUAGUUAAAGCGGAUGGCCCGCUGAGUCUCCAGGACGUUAGAGCCAUCCGUGACGAUGUCAAGCUGGGAGACGAGGUCCGCGUUAGAGGCGUGUACGAACGUCAUGCUACAACCAGCAACGGCGCAAACGGCAACGGCAACGGCGGCAGCUGUGUUGCCAGCGGCGGCAACUCCAACGACAACAACAGUCAAAACGCGGACACCAGCACAAAACGCGGGAUGUGCACCCGCACACGCCCUUCCUGCCGCAACCAGCUCCCCGAGGUGGUGUGCCGCCUGCUGCUGCCGCUGCUGCCGCCGCUGGCAACGCGGCCACGGGUAUCGCAGCGAUUGAAUCAAGGCCGGAUCGCGAUGACGCCGCCGCUGCCACAACACAUGCCACCGUCGUCGCCGCCGCCAACGACGCACUGCCCGCAUCCGCUUCAACGACUACCCCAUCCGCGUUUGCCGCCGCCACAUGCACCCCUGCCGUACGACCGCCCAUUUGCAAGUACUGGGCUGCCACCGGUCGCUGUCCC